UUAGUGCUCUUGUGUUUACGAUUUGUUUUAUAUAACAGUUUUUCUGAUUUUUAAUUAAUAUAUUGUGUGUAAUUUGACAACAAUGAGUGAAUUCAAAACACCAGUUAAAUCUAAGGCGUCGGAAUUGAACGAGAAGAUUACAAUUCCGCCAUCUCCGUAUUUAAGUAGGCUUGGAUAUGGAACAGGUGUAAACGUGAUGCAGCUUGUUCGUUCUCCAAAAGCCGGACAAAUCCGCUCACCAUGGGCGCUUAAAAUGAUCAACAAGAGGGUCAAACCUUGCAAAGUAUAUUCUGAAAGGCUGCAGGCGGAGGCUGACCUGUUGAAACGCAUGUCUCACCCGAACAUAGUCGGGUUUAGGGCGUUCAGUAAUGAUAAGAUACUGUAUCUCGGGAUGGAGGCUUGUGAUCUGUCGCUGGGGGAUAUGAUUGAGAAUAGGAUUGAUGAUGGAGCAGAGCCGUUUAGUCCAAAGCAGAUGUUGAAGGUCGCACUAGAUAUCGGCAGUGCCCUUGACUACCUCCACACAAAGAUGCAGAUUCUACACGGAGACAUGAAGUCCUACAACAUCCUCGUCAAUGGAGACUUUGUGAUCUGCAAGCUGUGUGACUUCGGGGUCACACUGCCGCUGGACGAGAACGGAAAGGUGGAUAUGGAGAAAGCGGGGAAGGCUGUGUAUUUUGGGACCGAAGCCUGGAGUGCCCCAGAAGUGAUCCACGGUGGAGAAGUGACAUCAAAGACAGACAUCUGGCCCCUCGGACUUGUUAUAUGGGAGAUGAUGGCGUUGGCUCCUCCACACUCACAGGAUACAACAAUGGAGAUGGACAGUGAAAUGGACGAGUCCAUGAGCGAGGACUACUUCUCUGAUAAAUAUGGCACCCGUCCCCCGAUCCCGGGAAAUAUAGAAGUGUCGCAAUACGCGGAGCCGCUCGGUAUAUUCCACGCGUGCACAGAAUACGAACCCAACAGGCGACCCAACGGGAAACAUCUGGCAGACGCGGCCCAAGCUAUGCUUAGUAAGAUCUGAAGUGGAUUAUACUAGGUAUUAAGUAGGUAUAAAUAUUUCCUAAAAUAAUGUAAGAAACAUGACCACUGUAACUUCAGCCAUAGAAAACAUACAUACAUAGAGACUGUUCGGAAAGUCAAGAGUCGUGGAAUGAAUAGGCUACUUGCCUCCAAGUCAAAUCAGCUUCUUUUUAAGAACUGUCAAAACGAAUUUUAACG